AUGGGAUCCCAUGGGAUGGGAUGGGAUGAAUAUUGUUUUUCAGAGGAUCCCAUGGGAUGGGAUGGGAUAAGUCGCAUCGUCCCGUGGUACGAAAACUCCGUCCCAUCCCAUCCCAUGAGGAUCCCUAUAUCACAAGUUCAACGUGCCAAAUUCAAACAUAAUAAAAGAAUGAAAAUUGGAAUUAUUUCAACAAUAUGCUUACUGUUUGUAGUCUUACAAAUCUCAGAAUAUACAACUGCACUCGAGCCAAUCGAAGGUCAGGUUAUUGACGAAAAAGAUUUGAUGUUAAGAACAAAUACAAUUAUGGAUCCAACAAAAAAUAAUCCAACAAAACUUGUUCGACACAAACGAGGUCGAUUUGGGUGUUGUGGCACAAAUUCCAAUAAAUGCUGCUGUAAAGUCGGUAAUAUGGAAUGUGUUUCCGGUGGUUUGGGUGCGUGGAUGCCUCAAAACCCAUGUUAUCGUUUACGUGGUGACUUUGAUUGUGGGGGAUGAUUACCAGUUCAAGAAUCUGUUCAUGUUGAUCUUUCAACUGGUUUAUUUCUUGCCAAUAGAAUAUUGAUUACUUUAUUAGAACGUCAUUUUGAAACAUUACUAUUUGCUGCACAAAAUUUUAUGUUAGAUUUACAAACAGCUAGAUAUCUUAUUGAUGAAACAUUUACAUACAACAGAUCAUAUUGA